AUGAUUUCUUAUCAAUCUCAAAUGGAAAUUUUAUCAAGAAGGCAAAUAAAACUCGCUUCAAUAUCACGCGUUCCUUCUAUCUUCGUCAAACCACAAACAAUCAAUCCGUGGUUAACUAAAUCUUUACAAAUUGCUAAACCCAAUGAUGUUCCCGCAAAAUCAACCACAACAGCAACUCUUCCAUCCCACUUUUCCAUUUUAACUGAUGAAAAUUUGAUGAAUACUUUAUUUUUCGACUACAUCGAGACUUGA